UGAAGGGAGUGAAACUAGCACCAACCACUACAAGGCGGCUGCAGAAGGCUGAGAAGCAACUAAACACAAAGGACGCCCAGAAAAAAUGCCAGAGAACGAGGGCAAUGGCCUGUUCAAGAGACUCUCCUGCGCAAAUCCAUUCCACACAGUCAAAUUUUUUGUCUUCUGCCAAAGCUUGCUGCAGCUCACGCAGCUGAUGACCUCUGGCUACAUGAGAAGCACCAUUUCCACCAUCGAGAAGCGCUUUGGACUCUCCAGCCAGACCUCCGGCCUGCUGGCCUCCUUCAACGAGGUGGGGAACACGUUGCUGAUCAUCUUUGUGAGCUACUUUGGCAGCCGAGUCCACCGGCCCCGAUUCAUCGGCUACGGAGCCCUCCUGGUUGCCCUGUCGGGAAUCAUCACCUCGCUUCCUCACUUCCUCAUGGGACCCUACGAAUACGAUCGCACCAUUUCGGAUUCACGCAACCUGACGGAUAUGUGCCUCCCAGGGGAAAAGCACCCCUCUGUGAGCGAAGUGUGCACCAGCCAUGUGGAGAGAAAUGCCUUGGUCGUCGGGCUGUUGUUCCUCGGACAGACCAUGCUGGGAGUUGGCGGAGUGCCCAUCCAACCCUUUGGCAUCUCCUACAUCGACGAUUUUGCCAGCACGACCAAUUCACCACUCUAUAUAGGAAUCCUCUUUGCCACGACUACCAUGGGUCCCGCCAUCGCGUUCAUUUUGGGCUCGAUCAUGUUACGCUUCUACGUUGACAUUGACAAGUUUUCUGCAGCGGAAAUCCACAUCAACAACAAAGACCCGCGGUGGGUCGGGGCCUGGUGGCUCGGGUUCAUUCUUACAGCCAGCAUCGUGGCCAUCUCUUCCAUCCCGUACUUCUUCUUCCCAAGAGAACUGCCCAAAGAGGAGGAGGCUCCACGGAAGAACAUUGCAGAAAUGACGAAGGCGGACUUAAAGGAGGAGCUGAAAAUCAAGCCUCGAGAAGCGGAAGACCUCCCUUUGGGACAAUUCAUCAAAAUGUUCCCCGUGAUUUUCUUCCGAAAUAUCAAGAACCCCAUUUUUGUGGUGCUCAUCUUUGCCCUGGUCAACCUCUCCGGGAUGAUUGCUGGCUUGGCCACCUUCAUGGCCAAAUUCCUCGAGCAGCAGUUCACCUUGACGGCUUCUCUGGCCAACAUGAUCAUAGGAACCAUCCAGCUCCCGAGCGGCAUGCUGGGCAUCAUCCUCGGAGGCGCCAUCAUGAAGAACUGCCACCUCAGCCUCCGCUACGCCACCAUCAUGUCCAUAUUCGGGCUGGGCUUCUGCGUCCUCUUUGACAUCCCCCUCCUCUUCCUGGGCUGCCCCACGCAUGCCGUGGCCGGCCUCGACCCCUCCGGAAGUUCUGGACCAGAACAACUCUUUGCAAAUUGCAACCGCCAGUGCAACUGCUCCUCUUCGGCUUUCAACCCCGUUUGUGGUCAAAAUAACAUUGAAUACGUCACGCCUUGUUUCGCCGGCUGCUCAGGUCUAAACUAUAAUGCCAAAGCACAGAAAAUUCUGAAUUACACCAUGUGCAACUGCAUUAUCGUGGAUGGGGCCCUUGGGUAUGCGCGCCCCGGCACCUGCGGAGGCCAAUGCUCCCAUUUCCUGUUGCCGUUUGUGAUGAUCACCUGCAUAUCGGGGUUCAUGGCCUGCCUCUCCCACACGCCGGCCUUCAUCAUGGUCCUCAGGUAGCUCCAGAUAGCAAUGCUGCAUUUUCACUUUGUGCCUCUUGUAUUCAAUUUCCAAGUAAUUUUUAUUAAGCCUUUACUAGUAAAAUAGAGGAUAGGGA